AUGGAUUAGUCUCCAAGGAAAUCCUGAGUGCUAAAACAUUCAAUAAGACUGACUAAUGCUAGCUAUCUCUUGCCACCAUGGAGUUAUUACUUCGUGCCAAAUGUUUUCAGUACCUAGCAUUUCCCAGUUCUAUGAGAUUCUUGCAUAAAGAUUAUAGAACAGUAACUCCUCAGAAUUUCUCCAACUAUGAGUCCAUGAAACAGGAAUUCAAAUUGGAGAUUCCAGAGUAUUUCAACUUUGCAAAAGAUGUCCUGGACCUAUGGACCGAUAUGGAAAAGGCUGGAAAGAGACCUUCCAAUCCAGCCUUCUGGUGGAUAAAUGGAAAUGGAGAAGAGGUGAAGUGGAGUUUUGAUGAACUGGGAUCUUUGUCCAGGAAGUUUGCCAAUAUACUUACAGAAGCCUGUUCCUUACAAAAGGGAGAUCGAGUGAUUGUGAUCUUGCCCAAGAUCCCAGAGUGGUGGCUUGCAAAUGUGGCCUGUCUUCGAACAGGGACAGUUUUAAUCCCAGGAACCACUCAGCUGACCCAGAAAGACAUCCUCUACAGACUAGAAUCUUCAAAAGCAAAGUGCAUUAUUACCAAUGAUGUUUUAGCCCCAGCUAUAGAUGCCAUCGCACCCAAAUGUGAAAAUCUUCACUCCAAGCUAAUUGUGUCUCAGCACUCCAGAGAGGGGUGGGGGAACCUCAAGGAAAUGAUGAAACAUGUCAGUGAUAACCACACCUGUGUGAGGACAAAACACAAUGAGAUGAUGGCCAUUUAUUUUACCAGCGGAACAACUGGACUUCCUAAAAUGAUUGGACACACCCACAGCAGUUUUGGUUUAGGAUUAACUGUAAAUGGAAGGUUCUGGCUGGAUUUGACACCUUCAGAUGUGAUGUGGAAUACCUCAGACACAGGCUGGGCAAAGUCUGCUUGGAGUAGUAUUUUUUCUCCAUGGAUCCAAGGAGCAUGUGUAUUUGCACACUAUUUGCCCCGUUUCGAGACAACUUCCAUCUUACAAACACUCUCCAAGUUUCCCAUCACAGUCUUCUGUUCAGCACCAACUGCAUACCGAAUGCUUGUACAGAAUGAUAUGACUAGCUAUAAUUUCAAAAGCUUAAAGCACUGUGUGAGUGCUGGUGAGCCAAUCAACCCUGAAGUGACUGAACAAUGGAGAAACAGGACAGGCCUGGACAUCUACGAAGGAUAUGGACAGACAGAAACGGUGUUAAUCUGUGGAAAUUUUAAGGGAAUGAAAAUUAAGCCUGGCUCAAUGGGAAAGUCUUCCCCUGCUUUUGAUGUUAAGAUUUUAGAUGGCAAUGGCAAUGUUCUACCUCCUGGGCAAGAAGGAGAUAUUGGUAUUCAAGUUCUACCUAACCGACCGUUUGGCCUUUUUACUCAUUAUGUAGAUAAUCCUUCAAAAACAGCUUCAACUCUACGAGGCAAUUUCUACAUCACUGGGGACCGAGGAUAUAUGGAUGAAGAUGGAUAUUUUUGGUUUGUUGCAAGAUCAGAUGAUAUUAUAUUGUCCUCUGGUUACCGAAUUGGACCAUUUGAGGUAGAAAGUGCCCUGAUGGAACACCCUUCAGUUGAAGAGUCAGCUGUUGUCAGCAGCCCAGACCCAAUCAGAGGAGAGGUAGUAAAAGCAUUUAUUGUUCUGAACCCUGAUUACAAGUCCUAUGAUCAAGAACAACUAAAAAUGGAGAUUCAGGAGCAUGUUAAAAACAUCACAGCACCUUACAAAUAUCCCAGAAAGGUAGGCAUCCUAAAUUAUGAUACUGCUCAGUGUUCUGGAGUAUUUUCAGCUAUUUACUUUUGCCUUUUUAGUGAACAUUCUCCUCAAAUAUGCUACACAAAAUGUUCCAAAACAGAGUUAAUGGACAUAUGGAUAAGAGUCAGAAAUUUUUAAAGUGAAGCCCUUAAUCUAACUUGGUUUGUCAUUUGGUUCACUAGACUUACAGAAAAUACUAAAGUCUCAAUAAUACCCCUUUAUUGUGUAUCAAAAACCCAUCUCAAUGGGUGUUCUAAUUUACUAUAUUAUGGGCUAUCUCUAAAGUUUAGAAUUUCUGGACUAAUUUUCAUCCCUUUGAUACCAACAGGUAGAAU